CCCUCGUCGCCUUGGAGGCGGGCGUAGAUGACAGCAAGUUCUCUAUCGAUCGAUCACUUGGACGGCGGCGGGCGAGUAUUUUGUUGUUGGCCCGAAGUCGUGCCGAUCCAUCUCUUCACUUGACCAAGCAUGCAUGGUGCACUUCACUUUGACCAAACAUCUUGUCUGUUGAACUAUUUCUCAGCGUUUCUUCUAAGCAUCAAUCGCAACCCAAACUCCCGUCUUGUGUUUGUUCUCCCUGCCAUUUGCUCUCUGUUUCCAGCGAAAUGUUCUCUCGCACGAGAUCCCUGACGUCCGGUCCCCGCCUCGCGAGGUCUCUCUCGACCGCGCGGGGUUCCUUAUCGGGGCUCAAGAUCAACGCGGCUCGGCUCCAGGAGACGAUUCAUCAUACGUGCCACUGGGGUGCAGCCCAUCGCUACGGCAACGGACCGACGGAAACGGGCAUGGCCCGCCUCGCGCUGUCCGACGACGACGCCCGCGUGAGACGCUGGCUGGCCGAGGAGGUGGCGGAUCUCGGCUGCGAGCUCUCGGUUGACGAGAUGGGUAACAUGUUCGCGAAGAGGAAGGGCGCCCUGAGGUCGCCGGCGCCGAUGACGGCCAUGGGCAGCCAUCUCGACACGCAGCCCCGCGGCGGGCGGUACGACGGCAUCCUGGGCGUGCUCGCCGCCGUCGAGGCGAUGCGGACGAUGAAGGAAAGCGGCUUCGAGACGCAGUUGGACGUCGGCAUCGUCAACUGGACCAACGAGGAGGGCGCCCGCUUCCCCAAGUCGAUGAUGUCGUCUGGCGUCUGGGCGGGCGAGAUCUCGCGCGAAAAGGCCUGGGGCCUAGCCGACAUCUUCGACCCCUCCGUCACGGUGAAGGCGGAACUGGAGAGACACGGCUACGUCGGGCCCCUGGCUUGCUCGAGCGACGAAGGCGCGGGCGGCUAUCCCCUGGGCGCGCAUUUCGAGUUGCACAUCGAGCAGGGCCCCCUCCUGGAGGAGAGCGGCAAGAGACUCGGCGUCGUGCAGGGCGCGCAGGCGUACCGGUGGUACACCGUCACCGUCACGGGCCGCGACGCGCACACGGGCACGACGCCGCUGAAGUCACGCAGGGACCCGGUGCUCGCGGCCUCCAAGAUGAUCGCGGCCUCGAACGGCAUCGCCAAGGAACUCGGCGCGCUGGCGUCGACGGGCGUCAUCAAGAUCCCGCCCAGCUCGUCGACCAACACCAUCGUCUCCGAGGUCGUCUUCACCCUCGACAUCCGGCACCCCGAGGACGCGGUCGUCGACGAGGUCCAGCAGCGCUGCCUCGAGUCCUUUGGGAGAGUCGCCGGAGAGGACGGCCGCGGCGUCGAGAUGCAGUGCACGCUCGACACCAACUCGCCCGCGGUCAGGUUUGACGGGGAGUGCAUCCGGGCCGUGGAGGACGCGGCCAACGGCCUCGUCGGACCGGACGGAUGGCUGCCGCUGACGAGCGGCGCCGGGCAUGACAGCGUCUACACGAGCAAACGGUGUCCGACCACGAUGAUCUUCGUGCCCUGCAAGGACGGCGUGAGCCACCACCCGGAGGAGUACUGCAGCCCGGAGGACUGCGCCACUGGUACCCAAGCCUUGCUCGAAGCUGUCAUCGGGUACGAUCGACUGAGAGCUAGCCGGAUCUGAGAUGAGUUGGGACUCAACGAAAUCAUGAAUGAAACGGUUCGGGAGGUCCAUUUUCGAUUUGUAUAUUUUGAGAUAUCCCUCGAAGAUCAUCUCAAGAGACCAUACGGUGUUGGUGUUAUUCCAGUGAGCUGCUGUGAACGUGGCCACAGUAAACGAGUCCCUUAGUGCACGCAAUUGCAUGAACAUGAUGGACAGGCCCAAACCUCUCUCUAUCUUCUUGGCGCCUUUUCCCCUCUUCAAAAAAAGAAGGUAAAGGAGAAGGAAGUUGUGUCGAGUGUGGCAAA